AUGGAGGUCACAGCUCUCUGCAGGCUGGUGAUGACUGUGUUUUUGCUGCUGGAGGCACAUGUUGCCUUCAUUAAUUCUCAGAAAUCUGAUGCAGCCUUUCCUCAGGUGGAUCCCAACAGUCAGCAGCUCUUUGCACACGACUCCUUCUCUGUGAGCUGUGAGGGUCUGCAGGGACUGACUGGAUGGAGAGUGAUGAGGAUGAUCAAAGGUAAAACUAUAACAUGUGCUCCCACCUGGUUGACAUCAACAGGACCGUGUCGAAUAGAAACUGCCUAUCCAGACAUGGACAGUGGGACAUACUGGUGUGAGAUGGGAGGAAGAAAGAAAAGCAACACUGUCAACAUCACCGUCACUGCUGGUCCAGUGAUCCUGGAGAGUCCUGUCCUCCCUGUGAUGGAGGGAGACGCUGUGACUCUGAGCUGCAGGAGGAAACAGACGUCCAUCAACUUCACCGCUGAUUUCUAUAAAGACGGAUACUUCAUGGACAGCAGCUCUACAGGAAACUUCACCAUCGACAGUGUUUCUGAGUCCAACGAAGGACUCUACAAGUGCAGCAUCUCUGGAGCUGGAGAGUCCCCAGAGAGCUGGCUGGCUGUCGGAGGAGCUGAAGAAGAGCUUCAGGAUGUCCCUCAGCUCUAUCUGCUGAUCAGCAUCGGUGUCUGCGCCUUCCUGUUAGUUCUGCUGCUGUUUGUGGGAUCGCUGCGAUGCAGAAAACGUCAAACCAUCACCACAGAUACCCCAACCUCUCCUUCCUCCUUGCCGUCAAUCUCUUCUCCACAAAUAGUGACUGACGAGGCCCCUGAAGAUGUUCCCUUCCAGCCAACAUAUGCGGCCAUCGCAAAACCCGGGGCUGAGAAUGGUUAUGACCUCGUCACUGAGACACACGAUGAAGAUGAGCCCUCUUUGAUGCCUGUUUACCACACGCUGAGCCUGGUGAACGUUUGA